UUUUUUUAUAAGACCCCUUUAUCUUUUCUUUCUAAUUGACGAAUUCACCCUACUAUUUAUUUUCUUAUCUGUUAAGACAUUUGGCAUUUUUGUCCAAGUUAAUGAAAUUUUCAUCGUUUUAAAAAAAGUCGGUUCAAAUAUUAAAUGAAAAUUGUUUCUUUUUUUUUCUGUCAUUGUUAAUUAAUUGCUUUAAAAUUAUUAAUUAAGGUGGUUAGUAUUCAUUAAUGAACGUAUUAUCAACACGUUUUAACACUUUUCAGCAUAGUUUUUGAUUUCCAUGUAGUUAAGGAGGAUAUGCGGAUGUUAUAGCCCACUCAAAUUAUGUUCUUAUAAUAUAUAAUGUGAUCUUCAAUUUGACAAAAAGGUAAUGUGGUCUUUAAUACUACAAAAGUAAGAGUAAUUAAGAAAGAUCUAACCCGCCUCUGUCUCACGGUGGUCGGAAACGUAAAUUCGUUUGUAUUUCCAGUUUUCUUGGAAAUGUAUAAGGACCAAAACGUGUUCAACCAUCAACCAUGAGUCAUGGUCCAUGACGUAUGAACUAUUUGGUAACUUGAACUUCGAUUUGGAUGUUUGUGGAUUUACAGACUAUUAAAACUGCUAUAAAUUCUGUUUCUCAUUAACUUGAAUGUGAAGGCUUACAUAUAUACUGUCAAUAAUAGUGAGUGACAUAUAUGUCUUCACCUCUAUACAUGUGACAUGUUGUUACUAGAUUACUCAUUUUGCUAAGGGUUAUUAUAUGCUUUGGCGAAACCAUUAUGCAUACUUGCGUAGUAGUACUAACUCUAAAAGAUGAAAGAAAAGAAAAGUAUACAAAAGAAAAUUGAGUCUACAAACGCGUAAUCACCAAACACCAAGACUAGAGAGUGAGCCAAAAAAAUAGUUAGGUUCAUUGGCAAUAUCGUAAGACUUAUAAGGAAGAGAGAGAGAGAGUAUAUAUUGAGAAAAAGCUAACAAAUUGAGGAACUCAGAGAGAUCACCAAACCCUAGCUAAAAGAUUGAACUAUGUUGAAGACGGUGGACAUGACGUCAUCUAGCGGGGAGAGAUCGGUAGCUAAGAAAAUGACGACCCCGUGUUGCACGAAGAUGGGGAUGAAGAGAGGACCAUGGACGGUGGAAGAGGACAAGAUUCUUGUGAGCUUCAUCAAGAAAGAAGGUGAAGGAAGGUGGAGAUCGCUUCCUAAAAGAGCUGGCUUACUCCGAUGUGGAAAAAGCUGCCGUCUACGGUGGAUGAAUUAUCUCCGGCCGUCUGUAAAACGCGGUGGUAUCGCUCCCGACGAGGAAGAUCUCAUCCUCCGCCUUCAUCGCCUCAUUGGUAACAAGUGGUCCCUGAUCGCCGGGAGGAUACCGGGAAGGACUGAUAAUGAGAUCAAGAACUAUUGGAACACUCAUCUUCGUAAGAAACUCUUAAGCCAGGGCAUUGAUCCUCAAACCCACAAGCCUCUUGAUGCAAACAACACCCAUAAACCUAGAGAAGAAGUUUCAGGUGGACAAAAUCUUCUAGAGCCUAAUUCUAGUUCUCACACUGAUGAUACCACCGUUAGGAGGGGAAGUGGAGCUGGCAAGAUCAGUGUCAGCGUCUUUGGUGAUGAGGACUUUGGUUUCUGUUACGAUGACAAGUUCUCUUCGUUUCUGAACUCGGUUAUAAAUGAUGAUCCUUUUGAUAGCAAUAUUCCAAUAUUAUCCCAUCCGUUGCAGACACAUGAUUUUAUCGAUGAGAUUGUUGGAACCUCGUCGAGCUUAGGACAUGACCAGAGACCAGAAGAUCUAUAGUUUGAUGAAUCGUGAUGUCGUUUAUAAAUACUAUCAUGGUUCCAUGAGAAGUGUGCUCAUGUUAUUUAAGAGGUUGGUGAUGUGUGCUAAGUUGGUUUGUGGUUAUCUGUGUGAUUACAAAAUACCUCAUGUGUGUAAUUGAUAACAUAAUCCAUUGCGUUUAUAUA